AUCUAAUCAUCGUAUCGCCUCCGCAUUUGUCAUGUUUCUUACAGAUCUCCAGGGGCUGCACAAUUUCGAUAUACAACAUAGGCUGAGACAGGAUCUUCUCACACUAAUUCCGGACAAUGGGCGAAGAAACAGCUAAACCGAGUGGUCGCAAACGCGGUCGUCCUCGAACUGUGACCGACGAUCAAGAAGUGCCAGAGAGACGUCGCAAACAACUCCGGCUCGCGCAGCAGGCAUAUCGCAAAAGAAAGGAGACCACGAUCGGUAACCUGCAGAAUCGCGUACACGAAUUAGAAACCGGCAUCGAGAAUAUCAGCCACUCUUUCCUCUCCUUCAGUAGUCUUCUUAUAGAAGAGCAACUCCUCUCACAAUAUCCGCAUAUCGCAUCGGCUCUUCAAAACAUAACUCAGCAAUGCGUGUCGCUUGCGAAGGCUGGGAGUGAUGACCCGACUGAGGGAGCCCUCCCCGUCGUUCGAGCCGCAAAAGAGUCUCAAAUCACAAAUAAUAAUACAGCCCCGACAUCAGUUCUGGAUGGCGCAUACUCAGAAGCUUCAACAGAUGCCGAGGAUGUAAUAAGAUCGGCUCCUAUGAGCUGGCCCGGUCCUCCUACCCCACCAUAUCAAGGUCAAUCCAUCCUGCCAUUCGACCUCGUCAUGUCAUCAUCUACUGUUCAAUUUCCUCUUAUCACUCCGCCAUUAUCGAACUCGCCAUUAUCGAACUCCUCAACACUAGAUCUACUCUCCAGUAAUAUAACGCCUGACAGGCAGUGGAAUGUCGCACAACGUCUAGUCCGGACUUGCUGUCAGGGCGGAUAUCGCCUUCUCAUCAACAAUCCAAACAGCUCCACAGUCCCUCAUAUCUUUGGGUCUAUUCCAAGUCUGUCAGAACGCAAUCGUCUGAUCUCAGGCUUUUACGAUGUCAUACAGGACAAGACGGGUGUCUUGACAGAUCACAAGUCUAAUGUGCUCCACGCCCUGCAGUCCAACAUGAACAUAUUCUCGAAUGAACAACUCCAGCUCCCGUCUAAGAUAUGGCAGAUUGCGCUCGAAUCAGCUUCUGGUGAGUGGAUGGAUGCCAGCGGAGUGCAAGGAUACCUGCUUGACAAGAGAGCGAUCUUUGAGAGUUUUCCUGAUUCCUCUGGCCGUGUUGGUUAUUCAGUCUCGUCAUCACUUGAUAUAACGGCCUUCAUCAAAUCUGUCUCAAAAGAAGCCAUAUGCGUUGGGAAUGGACCGGUAUUCCGACGGCAAAGCGUUGAAAAGGCUCUUCGUCUGGCAACGAUUAGUGUGCCAUGGGAUUUCGAAAAUCUUUGUGAAUUAUAACGCAUAUUUCUACCUGUAAAUAUAUAAUGCAUACACGAAC